GCUGUGGAGUCGCAGUUUUCUUACGUGCGGGUUCAGAGACACAAACAACCAUUCACCGCACCAAGAGUCGUUUAUUCUCUGACAACAAAUUUCACUUUUUUACGAGAUUUCACUGCGCAGGGUCGAAAUGGGACGCGAGUCGAGGCAUUACAGGAAACGUUCCGCAUCUCGGGGGCGGUCGGGCAGCCGAUCAAAGAGUCGGUCCCCGGACAAACGCUCCAAGAAAGACGAGCGGAGCCGGAGGGACAGGUCACGGAGCCGGGAACGCCGCAGGUCGCGCUCCAGAGACAGAAAACGAGCCAGACGUUCCAGGAGCAGAGAGAGGAGGAGGUCUAGAAGCCGAGACAGGAGGCGGUCGGGCAGCAGGAGCCGAGCCCGGAGGUCCCGAUCUAGUAGCCCCAGCAAGAGCAGUAAAAAAGAUGAAAAGUCCAAAAGCAAAGAAAAGGACACCCUGGAGCCUUUAUCUGACAAGAAAAAGAUUAAAGAGGAGAAAGAAGAUGAGAAGGUUGAGGAUCAAGACUUUGACCAGAACAAACUGGAGGAGGAGAUGAGGAAGAGGAAGGAGCGGGUGGAGAAGUGGAGGGAAGAGCAGAGGAAGAAGGCCAUCGAAAACAUUGGAGAGAUCAAGAAAGAACUGGAGGAGAUGAAGCAGGGCAAGAAAUGGAGCCUGGAGGACGAUGAUGAUGAUGAUGAGGACGGCUCUGCUGUAAUGGAGGGAGACGAUGAUGAAGAUGGGGAAGGAAAAGGGGAGAGGAAAGAGAAGGACUUGAAGGAUGGUAAGAAAGAGGAUGAUGACGACAAGGACAAGGAGACUCCAAUGGAGCAGCAGACAGAGGAGGAUGAUAUCGAUCCUCUGGAUGCCUACAUGGAAGAGGUGAAACAGGAAGUGAAAAAGUUCAACAUUGGAGCCAUGAAAGGAAAUGAUAAGAAAGGAGCAAUGACAGUGACCAAAGUGGUGACAGUCGUUAAAACCAAAAAAGGACCUCACACACACAAGAAGAAGGGUGAGCUGAUGGAGAAUGACCAGGAUGCUAUGGAGUACUCAUCAGAGGAGGAAGAGGUUGAUCUCCAAACAGCUCUGACAGGCUUCCAGACCAAACAAAGGAAGAUCUUGGAGCCUGUUGACCACACAAAGAUCCAGUAUGAACCAUACCGCAAAAACUUCUAUGUGGAGGUGCCCGAGCUGGCCAAGAUGACUACAGAAGAAGUGAAUGCAUACAGGCUGGAACUGGAAGGCAUUACAGUCAAAGGGAAAGGCUGUCCCAAACCCAUCAAGACAUGGGUGCAGUGUGGAGUGUCAAUGAAGAUCCUCAGCGCCCUGAAGAAGCAUGGCUAUGAGAAACCCACGCCCAUCCAGGCCCAGGCCAUCCCUGCCAUCAUGUCGGGUCGAGACCUCAUUGGUAUUGCUAAGACUGGCAGCGGAAAAACCAUAGCUUUCCUGCUGCCCAUGUUCCGACACAUCAUGGACCAGAGACCUUUGGAGGAGUCUGAGGGGCCCAUCUCUGUAAUCAUGACUCCAACCAGAGAGCUGGCUCUGCAGAUCACAAAGGAGUGUAAGAAGUUUUCUAAACCACUGGGACUCAGGGUGGUGUGCGUUUAUGGAGGCACGGGUAUCAGUGAACAGAUCGCUGAGCUGAAGAGAGGAGCUGAGAUCAUCGUGUGCACACCGGGAAGAAUGAUCGACAUGUUGGGGGCCAACAGCGGUCGGGUAACCAACCUUCGCAGAGUCACAUAUGUGGUGCUGGAUGAAGCAGACAGGAUGUUUGACAUGGGCUUCGAGCCACAGGUGAUGCGUAUUGUGGACAACGUGCGCCCAGAUCGUCAGACGGUCAUGUUCUCAGCAACUUUCCCCAGAGCCAUGGAGGCGCUGGCCCGCAGGAUCCUAUCAAAGCCCCUUGAGAUUCAAGUGGGAGGCCGCAGUGUCGUCUGCUCUGAUGUGGAACAACACGUGCUGGUGAUUGAUGAGGACAAGAAAUUCUUGAAGCUUCUGGAGAUUCUGGGUCACUACCAGGAAAAAGGAUCUGUUAUCAUCUUUGUGGACAAACAGGAGCACGCAGACGGGCUGCUCAAAGACUUGAUGAAAGCCUCGUACCCCUGCAUGUCUUUACAUGGAGGGAUUGAUCAGUACGACAGAGACAGCAUCAUCAAUGAUUUUAAGAAUGGAGCAUGUCGUCUGAUGGUUGCCACCUCUGUGGCAGCCAGAGGCCUUGAUGUAAAGCAACUGAUCCUCGUGGUCAACUACAGCUGUCCCAACCACUACGAGGACUAUGUCCACAGAGCCGGGCGCACAGGCAGAGCAGGCAACAAGGGCUACGCCUACACGUUCAUCACAGAGGAUCAGGUUCGCUAUGCUGGCGAUAUCAUCAAGGCCUUGGAGCUGUCGGGCUCUCCUGUCCCACCAGAACUAGAGCAGCUUUGGGCCUCUUUCAAAGACCAACAGAAGGCGGAGGGUAAGACCAUUAAGAGCAGCAGUGGCUUCUCAGGAAAAGGCUUCAAGUUUGAUGAGACUGAGCAUGCUCUGGCAAAUGAGAGAAAGAAGCUGCAGAAAGCUGCUCUCGGAUUGCAGGACUCUGAUGAUGAGGACGGAGCCCUUGAUAUUGAGGAGCAAAUCGAAAGUAUGUUUAACUCCAAGAAGAGGGUGAAGGAUCUGUCUGCUCCUGGUGCGGCUGCUGGUCCAGCUGGUGCUGUUACCGCUACAGCAGCUACCCCUGGAAGCUUGCCAGGACUUGGGCCUACGUCUGCUGGUAACAUCCAGAAACUGGAAAUGGCCAAAAGGCUGGCGCUGAAGAUCAACGCUCAGAAGAACCUGGGUGCUGAGGCUCAGGAUGUCAUGCAGCAGGCAACCAACGCCAUCCUGCGAGGCGGCACCAUCAUGACCCCCUCUGUGUCAGCCAAGACCAUCGCGGAGCAGCUGGCAGAAAAGAUCAAUGCCAAGCUCAACUACACCCCGGUGGAGAAGCUGGAGGAGGAGCGGCAGGCGGCUGAGCAGGCCGAGACCGUCAGGAGAUAUGAAGAGGAGCUGGAGAUCAACGACUUCCCUCAGACUGCCAGGUGGAAGGUAACAUCUAAAGAGGCUUUGCAGCGGAUUGGUGAAUACUCUGAAGCUGCCAUCACCAUCAGAGGAACCUACUUCCCUCCAGGCAAAGAGCCCAAGGAAGGAGAGCGCAAGAUCUACCUGGCUAUUGAGAGUGCAAAUGAACUGGCUGUGCAGAAAGCCAAAACAGAAAUUACACGGCUAAUCAAGGAAGAGCUCAUCCGAUUACAAAACUCCUACCAGCCGACAAGCAAAGGCAGGUACAAAGUGUUGUAGAGGAUGAACUGAGGCUCGCCGAUGGAGUUUGCAUUUAUCAGCGGACUGUCAGCAGAUUUCAUCCAAGUGGCUGAAGAAUAUUUUAGUCAAUUAUUUUUUAUAAUGUGUUCCAGUUUAGUUGCUUUUUUUUUUUUUUUGGUUCUUUUUUCCCCUAUUUUUUUUUUCUUUGUGUGCUCCGCUCGUCUUUCCAGUAAUUUUUAUGCCAUCCAACCAGCACAAUUUUGCAAUGAUCUAUCAACAAUUUAAGUAUAAGACUCAGUUUCUUUAAUGAAUGUUUUAGUCAGAUUUAUGUACAAACACCAUACCAACCAUUGUUUUUGUGAAAGGUCCCAGGAAAAACAAUGUCGCUAUUUAAAUAAACUUGGUGUUUCCAGUCA